AUGCUUUUAUCAAUCAUCAAUAAAAAAUCAGUACCAUUAGCACAGAGCCUAUUUAAGACAUCGGUAACCACAUCAUCUCGAUCGUUUUUCUUUGGCUCUGGCUCUGGCUCUGGGUCAGGCUCUAGUUCAAGUGCCAGCUCCGGUUCCAGUUCGGGAUCUGGUUCAAGCUCAUCUUCAUCUUGGAGUAGUAGCAAAUCUUAUAGCAGCACCUCAGCCCAAUCUGCAAAUGCGAGUGUCCCGCCUGCUACAUCAUCCACGGCUUCCUUAAACUACGACACAGCACUAACAACGUUCACACACUACAAUGUAGCAGUUGCAUACCAGCCAAAAGAUAGGAAACCCAGCACAAACUUGUUCAAGAAAAGAAAUAGAGAAGUACCAGCAUUAAACUCUCCUUCAGGUGAAGAUAAUUUAUUUGUUUCCAACCAAACAAAAGAUGGAUCCAUUGCAGUAGGUGUUGCAGAUGGAGUAGGUGGAUGGUCAGAAGCUGGCUACGACUCCUCGGCAAUCUCAAGAGAACUUUGUGCCAGCAUUAAGUAUGCCUUUGAAAAAGAAUACGAUACUCAAAACUCUAUAACACCAAAGGACUUACUAGUAGAAGCAUUUAGAGACGUUACAUUUUCGGAAAAAGUAGAGAUUGGAGGCACUACUGCUUGCUUGGGUAUCUUCACACCAGACAAGAAAUUAAAAGUCGCUAAUCUUGGUGAUUCGUGGUGCGGCUUGUUUAGAGAUUACAAAUUGAUUCACGAGACAAAUUUUCAAACUCACAAUUUCAAUACUCCAUAUCAAUUAGCUAAGAUUCCGCAGCAUAUCUUGAAGCAAGCCGAGUUGGAAGGCAGAAGAUACAUCAUUGAUAGUCCACUGAUGGCUGAUGAAUAUACAUGGAACUUGCAAAAAAAUGAUAUCGUCAUGUUUGCUACUGAUGGUGUCACCGAUAAUGUUGUCCCUCAAGAUAUCGAGAUAUUUUUAAAAGACAAUUUGGAAGAUAGAGCCGAUAAAGAUGCAAAAUUGGAUGUGGUGACUAACAAGUUUGUCAAGGAGGUCGUUAAAGUGAGCAAGGAUAGUAAUUUCCCUAGUGCAUUUGCGCAAGAAUUAUCAAGAAUAACGGGACAAAAAUAUCUCGGUGGUAAGGAAGAUGAUAUAACUGUUGUUCUCGUAAAAGUAUUAUAG